AUGAAGCUUUUUAAAGUCCCAGCAGGCCUCUUUCUGCUUGUCCAAACCCUUCACCUGGCAGCACUUCAGGACUCCACCGACUCUCCAGGACGCACGAUUGAUAAAAGCUGGCUCCGCAAGCCCCUCAAAGCUGAAGUGGAAAGUAAUCUUUCUGCUGACGCGGGAAAUUUUAACACUGACGACAUCAGCGGGACGCCUUCUGGAUUUAUGUUAGGAAACACCGAUGAGGAGAAUCUGCUGAAUGGAGAUCUCAGUGGAAACCAAACAUCUGAUGAUCUGAGCGCAUUCCCUUCAGCGAUGUCUCCAAUAUCCGAAAAUACAACAACUGAGCAGUUUGGAUCCAUUGAAGACAAAACCAACACGACCACAGGAUCCACAGACCUGAGCCAAACCAACGUGACCGAAGCUGAGGAGGAAUUUAACUCGACGACAACCGCAGAAAACUCCACCGGUGGAGGGGAUUUCUUCAAUAAAACCCAAACUCAGCCGACCACCUUAGCUCCAGAGAGCAGAUCAACAGGAGAAACCACAACCCCGGAGGCCAAAGGAGAGCUAGCAAACAGCACAGAAACCGCUAACACAACGGCCAAUAUGACCACGGUGGGACCGGGAAUAGAGGAGGAAUCCUCCACUUUAUCCUCCACUUUAUCCUCCACUUCAUCCUCCACUUCAUCCUCCACUUCAUCCUCCACAUCCCAGCCCUCUGAGGAUUGGGAAACCAGCACCAUGACGACCACUGAGUCUCCAAACACACCCGAGAGGGCGAACAAACCCGGGAAAGGAGCUAGCAGCUCAGAGAGAGGAGUGGAGUCGGACAUCGGUGGGGGGGGCCGGAGGGUGACCUGGCUGGCCGUGCUGGGCACGGGGGCGGGCGUGGCCCUGGUGGGCCUGGUGGCCUUCAUCAUCCACAGGAAGAAGCAGCAGAAGGCUUUCACACACAGGAAGCUGGUGGAAGAGUUCCCCUCAGACCCCGUUCUCAGAUUUGACAACAGCGAACCUCUGGACCUGAACUUUGGGGGUUCGGCCUAUUACAACCCGGGACUACAGGGGGACAGCAUCCAGAUGAGCAGCUUUCCAGGACAGCCCUGA